AUGAGAUCACUCUGCUUCCCAAACAGUAGCCACCACUAUUACAGCAAUAAAGCUCAGCUACAGAGUCUCCGUCCUCCGGGGAUAAAGCCCGCCGGCAGGGGACCCCGUUGGGUCCCUAUGUACUCCACUGCUACUGUCCGCUGCCGGUGCCGGCCGCUGGAUGAGGACGACGACGAGCUCAAGAAGAGCAAAAACAAGCGUAGAAACAAGGAAGACAUCUGCAGUGACAAAAGAAUGGUCGGCAUUUUUGGCCCGACCGGCUGCGGCAAAACCCGGCUGUCCAUCGACCUCGCCACCAUGUUCGCCGGCGAAAUCAUCAACUCCGACAAAAUGCAACUCUACCAAGGCCUCGACAUCACCACCAACAAGCUGGCAUUACACCAGCGGCGCGGCGUCCCCCACCAUCUCCUCGGCGAUUUCGACCCGGCCGACGGCGAAUUGACUGCUUCCGAUUACCGCUCCGUCGCCUCUUCCGCCAUUUCCGAUAUCUGGUCUCGAGAGAGAUUGCCCAUUUUAGCAGGGGGAUCCAACUCCUUCAUCUACGGUCUGCUCGCCCGCGAGUUCGACCCGGAAUCGAACGUGUUCGACGGGUCGAGCUCGGUCUCCGCCGAGCUGCGCUACAACUGCUGCUUCCUCUGGGUGUACGUCGCCCCUCCGGUGCUAGACGAGUACUUGGAGAAGCGAGUCGACGACAUGCUCCGCGCGGGGAUGUUCGAAGAGCUCGCCGAGUUUUACGACUCGGAGGGAGUCGACACCGGGACUCGGGCUGCGUUGAGGAAGGCAAUCGGCGUGCCGGAGUUCGCUCAGUACUUUAGGAGGUACCUGAACCCGAAGCCGGUCAAGGGCAAAAGCAUGAUUGACAGUGACACGCAGCGCGAGGGGAAUGUGGGGAAUAGGAGGGAGGUGUACGAUGAAGCGGUGAGGGCCAUCAAGGACAACACGUGUCAGCUGGCGAAGAGGCAGGUGGGGAAGAUCCGACGGCUGAGAGAGGGCGGCUGGAAUCUCGGGCUGGUAGACGCAACGGAGGUUCUGCGCGCCGUGAUGGCGUCAGAUUCCGACCGGCGAAUAUCAGAUGAGAUUUGGGAAACGCAAGUGCUGGAACCAAGCGUGAAGAUUGUGAAGCGGUUCUUGGAGGAGUAG